ACCACCAUCACUCUCUUUUUUUUUUAACUACCGGUAACCGACUUCAUUCCUUCGUUUCUUACCGAGUUCUCUCCUGGUUGGGUCACUCUUCACAACAACAACAAUAACAACAAUCAUGAAAUUCGCCGCCUUCGCCUUCGCGGCAUCUCUGGUCGCUGCCGCGCCCCGGGUCGUCCAGGUUCACCCUUCCGACAUCCGGCCCCGCCGCAUCGGAGGAUCCAAGUUCAAGCUGCCGCAGAUUCACAAUGACAUGUUCCGGCAGCACGGCAGAGGGCCCAGGGCUCUCGCCAAGGUCUACGAGAAGUACGACAUUGAGCUGCCCACCGACCUGAUGGACGUCGUGCAAAAGAUCCUCAGCGAGCUCGGCAUCAAGCAGACUCUCAAGCCCGUCACCGCCGGCCACAAGCCCCAUGGCAGCAAGAACAACAACGGGGCGCCGUACACGAACGAGACGGAUGAUCAAGGCGAGGUCUCUGCCACCCCGCAGCUCUACGACGUCGAGUAUCUGGCCCCGGUCGAGAUCGGCACGCCGCCGCAGACGCUGAUGCUCAACUUCGACACGGGCUCGUCCGACCUGUGGGUGUUCAGCUCCGAGACGCCCAGCAAGCAGCAGGGCGGCCAGAAGCUGUACCAGAUCGAGGAGAGCAGCACGGCCACCAGGCUGUCCAACCACAGCUGGUCGAUCCACUACGGCGACGGCAGCCACUCGUCCGGCAACGUGUACCUCGACACCGUCAGCGUCGGCGGCGUCAACGUGUUCCAGCAGGCCGUCGAGUCGGCCACCUACGUGUCGUCGUCCUUCGUCGGCGACGCCGCCUCCUCGGGCCUGCUCGGCCUCGGCUUCGACUCCCUCAACACCGUCACGCCCAAGAAGCAGAAGACCUUCAUCUCCAACGCGCUGGAAUCGCUCGAGAUGGGCCUGUUCACCGCCAACCUGAAGAAGGCCGAACCGGGCAACUACAACUUCGGCUUCAUCGACGAGACCGAGUUCACCGGCCCGCUCACCUUCAUCGACGUCAACUCGACCGACGGGCACUGGCAGUUCGAGGCGUCGGGCUUCUCCAUCCACGCGGCCAACUCGACCGGCGACGACAUGGCGUCCAUGUUCGUGCCCGUCAGCCACGCCGCCAUCGCCGACACGGGCACCACCCUGCUCAUGCUGCCCGCCGCCGUCGCCCAGGCCUACUACCUGCAGGUCGCCGGCGCCCGCACCGCCGCCGAGGUCGGCGGCUGGGUGUUCCCCUGCGACGCGUCGCUGCCCGACCUGACGCUGCACAUCGGCGCGUACAAGGCGGUGAUUCCGGGCGAGCUGAUGGUGUUCGCGCCGGUGGAUACCGAUGAUUUGGAUACCGCGACGGUCUGCUAUGGGGGGAUCCAGAGCUCGAGCGGCAUGCCGUUUGCGAUUUAUGGCGAUGUCUUCUUCAAGGCGCAGUUUACCGUCUUCGAUGUCGAGGCGGGCAAGCUGGGGUUUGCGCCUAAGCCGGAGCUUUGAAAGGGGGGUCGUUUUUUUAACGAGAAAUU